CUGGCGGCGCCCAGGCGCGCUGUCUACGUCCAGCCUGGCGGCGGGCGGGUGGAGAUGAAGAUCUGGAGCUCCGAGCACGUGUUCGGCCACCCCUGGGACACGGUCAUCAAGGCUGCCAUGAGGAAGUAUCCAAAUCCGAUGAAUCCUUGCGUUGUGGGAGUGGAUGUCUUGGAGCGGACUGUGGACUGCCGUGGCCGGCUUCACAGCCACCGCCUGCUGAGUACUGAGUGGGGGCUGCCCAUGCUGGUGAAAGCGAUUUUGGGAACCAGUAGGACUUUGACAUACAUCAAAGAACAUUCUGUUGUGGAUCCAGUGGAAAAGAAAAUGGAACUUUGUUCCACCAAUAUCACACUCACAAAUUUGGUGUCAGUUGAUGAGAGGCUGGUGUACACUCCCCAUCCUGAGAACCCUGGAAUGACUGUGCUCACCCAAGAAGCCAUCAUCACGGUGAAGGGCAUUAGCCUAGGCAGCUAUUUAGAAAGUUUAAUGGCCAACACAAUAUCGUCCAAUGCGAAGAAGGGGUGGGCUGCAAUUGAGUGGAUAAUUCAAACUUCUGAAGGCGCUGUAAGCUAAUGGGCCCUGCACUGUGCCUUGUGAGGAGCAGUGAUAACGGCAGCACUCAGGAACCGGUACAGAUUUCAGCAUCUCUUCCCCGUGUGCAUGGUGCGUGAGCGUGCAGGGACGUUAAAGAUGCAGCUGCGUGUGUCUCUCGCCCCACGCUCCUCAGUGGCUUCUGCAGUGAGAAGCACCAUCGCCAGGCUCCCCUGUUUCUAGUCAUUGUUUCAUGGCUGGAUUCAUUUUCAAGGGAAACUUGGACAUUUGUUACCUGGUUUCUGGUGAAGACAGUUCAGCUACUUCUGCAAACUGUUCCCACUACUUCGUUGCUUAAACAACUCUCAAAACGUGUGCAUAGUUAGCAAAGAAGCUUUCAUUAGGAGGCCAGAUGGUGGGAGGACUCUCAUUUUGGGUAGAAUGUGAAGAUUGGUCCACGUCCAUAAAAAGAAUAUCAUGUGUACUGGAGCAGUGCUGCAGCAAGGAGAAAGUUGGCUGGUCUUUCCCUUGCUGUAGGCCCUUGCUUGGCCUCCUGAUUGUGCCGGUUAUUUGCGGGCAGUGAUAGAAGUCGUUGCAGGAUUUCCUGGAGCUUUACAAACAUUUCCUGCUCUCCUCUGCCCCCAGCGGCUGGACCAUCAGAAGCUGCGCUGACAUUUAGUUGUUCAGCAGUCGUCCCCACGCUCUACAAGAAAAUAAACCAGCUUCUUGCUUCCCUUUGUUUCGGGAGUCCUUACCCUGCCUGGUACCACUCCACCUAGCUAGCCCUCCUGCUUGCAUGGCCCAGCUGUCCCCGGCCUGCUGGCUUGCUCCCAGCGCGUGUGAGCACUCUGUCACCCCCCGCCCAUCAGCAAAUGAGGGCUGUGUGGCUUCAGGCUUCUUUAAUAACUGCUUGCUUAUUUUGCUUAACUCACUGAUGCUUCUGUUUGCCAGACCUUCACCUUGAACCCAAGGUCAUGGUCUGUCCCUGGGUCUCUUCUUUCAUAGACACACUCCUGAAUCAAACACAUUCAGAGAGCUUGCUUGCCUGGUGCAAAGGGCACACUCCAUGGCAUCUGUGUGUGCGUGUUGCUGUCACUUAAGUGAGUCAUAGACUCUGUCAGAUUCUGUUUCCUCAUAAGAUAGAGCUAAACUGCCUGAAUCUUUAAUCAGAUACCUCACCCAAAAUUACUAAAUAAAAGAAGAAGAAAGGAAGGCAAGUAAGGAGGGAGGGAGGGAGAGAGAGAGAAAGAAAAAGUGCAUGCUGCUCCUGACUCACUGGCUGGGAUCGGAGCUUGUGGCAUCUGUGUCCCGCACAGCUGAGGCUGGCUUAGGGCUCCACAGCCAGUGCCCCCCCAGGGUGGGAGCCCUGUCCCAGUCACAGGCAGAGGUCUAGGAGAUUACCAGAGAGAGUGAGAUGUAGCUGAGGGACAACCUUGAACAAGAUGAACUGAAGGGCAGUAAGGCUACCCUCUGUCCAGCUCCCUCUCUGGGGAGCCAGGGCACCUGGGGCUGGGUCUAGCCCCCCACCAGCCUUUCUGACUCACAGGUGCUAUUCUUUUCUUGAUUGAUUUUGUACAGUGGUCUGUUUCCCCCUUAGUAGUAGCUUCCAGCUUUUUUCUGCUAACUCGUGGUAUCUUAUCAAAUAUCUUCUCUCUUUUCAGAUGUCUUCACCAUUUCCCUCACAUGCUCUUUAGUCAAGAGUGCCUUCACCCUUCCACAUCUCUCCAUGGAUACCUGGCAGCUCUGUUUCUCACUUCAGAUGACCUCUCCCUGCUUCAUUUCUCUUCCUUUCAACCACUGUUUGUUCAAUCUGUCCAUGCUUCAAGUUGGGGUGCUCACCACCACCUGAAAUGUCAGCACCCAAGGGGACACACAUGAAGUGACCUGUGCUUGUGGGGAACCCAGUAUAGGAAGCUUAAACCCGUUGGAAAUUAUCAUUGAGCUUUUUGGAACUCUCAAAUUAGGGAUAAAAUUAGAAUUGGUUAAGAAGCACAGUGCGUUCAUCCUUCAGGGUGGGGCUGGUUCAUCCAGCUGAUCUGGAGACCAGCAAUCCCAAUGAUUUGGAAGCUCCCAUAUUAUUUCCCAGCAUUCAGAUCCAUCUUCAGAGAGGCAGGUACGUCUUGGCCCAAUCCAUUUGGCAUGCGGGCAUGGGAGGCUGGCUAUUCUGGGAAGGCUUAUUAAAGCAGACCGCCAGCCACCGUUUUGUUGAGGUAGCAGCAGAAUUACUGUCCUGCUAGCUUUAAGGUGGUUCCAAUUGGGAAUUUUCAUUUUUCCAUUUUCAAAAGUAAUCGAUGUUUUGAAUUAUAGUUUGAACUAUAAAAACUUUAGGUGAGGGUCU